AUGCAAUUACUAAUAAAAACGAAACUACGCGCUCUCGAGCGCUGCACACUGCACACAUCAGCUGUUAAUCUUAGACCGCUUGCGAUUGUUUACUGUUCAUGUAUUCGUUUAUUAAUGGAGGAUUUUAAAGUGCCGGUCUUGCCUGCACCUCUGGCCAAGAGUGACGCAGCUGUAGCAGAAAGGCCAGAAAAGCUAAAUACUGACGAAAAGUUUACACCAGCAGCAGCAACACCGAGUGCUGCUUGUCCAUACAAAAUUCCGAAAUGGUCUGCACCGCCAGCCGCCCAUCAAAGUUAUAAGUUUGAGGUGCUGAAAUCAGGACAAAUCAUUGAAGAGGUCAAGGAUCUGCAGCAGCAAGCCACUUGGACAUUUGGCCGUCUGCCCGACAACGACAUAGAAAUGGCGCAUCCCACAAUCUCACGAUUUCACGCAGUACUGCAGUACAAACCACCACCAUCGUCUCAUGAUGAUACCGAGCAGGAGGAGAAUGGAGACGAAGCGAGUCACAAAUCAGAACAGCCCGAAGGUUGGUAUGUCUACGAUUUGGGCAGCACACAUGGCACAUUUCUGAACAAACAACGUUUGCCGCCGCGUGUUUUCAUACGAAUUCGUGUUGGUCACAUGCUCAAGCUAGGCGCCAGUACACGUGCCUACAUUCUCCAGGGUCCCAGCGAGGACGAAGAGCCAGAGUCAGAGCUAACAGUCACAGAGUUGCGGGAGCAACGUGAGCAACAGGCGGUAGCUGCCGCAGAGGAGAAGCAACGCAAAGCGCUGGAGGCAGAGGAGCGCGAGCGAAACGAAGGCGUCAGUUGGGGUAUGGGUGAGGAUGCCGACGAGGAAACAGAUCUCACUCACAAUCCUUAUGCGAGCACCAAUAACGAAGAGCUCUUCUUCGAUGAUCCCAAGCGGACUCUGCGCGGCUUUUUUGAACGAGAGGGUUUAUAUUUAGAAUAUAAAUGCGAUGAGUUGGCGCAAGGUUCGUUUGUCUGUCGCGUGGAGCUGCCGCUGGACGACUCGAAUGGUCGGCCAAUUGUUGUAGAAGUGACGCAUAAAGGGCGGAAAAAAGAUUGUGUGGUGCAGUGCGCCUUAGAGGCGUGUCGCACUCUAGAUCGGCAUGGCGUGCUGCGGCAGGCGAAUCAGGAAUCACAAAAACGCAAAAUUGUCAAACCAGAGGACUCCGACGAUGAAGAUGAAUUCUUGGAUCGUACGGGCGAUGUGGCUCGCAAAAAGCAACGAAAAGUUGAUGCGGGAACAAGCGUGACCCUUACCUAUGAUGAUUUGAUAAAGAAAGAAGCUGAAUUAAAUAUUGAACUGCGAGAAGUCGAGGUGGAAAUUACUAACUAUCAGGAAAAUCAGAAGCGACUCAAAGCCUUGGCAGCCAAGCAACAAAAUGCUAGCGAUGAUUUAGAUAAUUUUAUGGAUACGUUAAGCGAAGAUGUGGAGAAAUUAGAUAAAACAGAAAUCAAAAGAUUACGUGUGACACAGCAGCGCAUUAAAGCCGAACAGCUAAAGCUGCAGCGUCUUAUCAAAAUAGCCAAGCCCACGGCUAUGCCCUUUCAAGUCACCGGCAUGGAAACAGACAGCAAGGCACAGGGCAGUCUAGCUAAUAAGAAACAACUGCCCAUGAUAGGCAAACGCAACCAGUUCAGCAAGUUUAAAGUUAUCAAAGCGUUGCCGAGCACGCGCACUAAAGCUUCAACAAAAGCAUUUGCCUCCGACGAGGAGGAAGUUGAGGAAGAGGAGGAGGAUGAGGAGGACGAGAAUGAGGAUAAAAAUGAGGAUGAGACGGAUGAAAAUAAGAAAAAAGAGGAGGAAAAAGAGGAGGAUGUGUCGGAAGUCGCUGCGAAACCCGUGGCGAAAAAGUCAAGUGAGCCAACGGCUUUGACAGAAACAGUAACAGCUAAUGUUGAUAUAGUAACGGAUGCGGUAGCCCCUGUCAAUGUAGUGGCUUCACCUGACACUGAGCAGGAACCGAUUUUGGAUGAUACACCAUUGGAUGCUCCUUCGGUGGAUGCUGCCGCAGCCAACACCUGCGCGCAAAGUGAAGAGGUCGCACAGCAAAAGAAGCGACGCCAACGUGCACGUCAACGUAUUAAACAGCGACCUGACGUGGAUAUGGAGCUGGGCGAACUGGCCGAGCAUGAGGACGACGACAAAUACGCCAAGUGGGUGCCACCGACCAAUCAAAGCGGCGACGGCAUCACACAUUUAAACGAGAAAUUCGGUUACUAAGUGCAGCAGCAAGCUUUUCA